GGCGCAGUCCCGCCACCGCGUAACCCAGGUCGCUGCAUCCUGCCUUGCAUCCUACCGUUGCCCACAUCUUUGUACGAUUAUUGAUAUUGACCAACAAUGGACCCGUCAGUGCCAUUGGUGGUCGAUAAUGGUACCGGCUUCGUCAAAGUAGGCUACGCAGGUUCCAACUUCCCCGAGCAUGUAUUCCCGUCCAUCGUCGGUCGCCCGAUUCUGCGGGCGGAGGAGCGAGUUGGCACGACAGUGAUCAAGGAUAUCAUGGUCGGCGACGAGGCAGCGGAGAACCGGAAUUACCUGCAGGUUACCCAGCCCAUGGAGCAUGGUAUAGUGCGCAACUGGGAGGAUAUGAAGCUGCUCUGGGACUACACCUUCGACGAGAAGCUGCGUGUCAACACCCAGGGCCGCAAGGUACUGCUCACCGAGCCACCGAUGAACCCCAAGGCGAAUCGGCAACGGAUGUGCCAAGUCAUGUUCGAGGAGUACGGAUUCCAGGGGGUGUAUAUCGCCAUUCAAGCCGUAUUGACGCUGUAUGCGCAAGGUCUCACUACCGGUGUGGUCGUUGACUCUGGGGACGGUGUGACCCACAUCGUACCCGUAUAUGAUGGCUUCGCCUUGCCCCAUCUCACACGUCGACUGGACAUUGCUGGUCGUGAUGUAACGCGGUAUCUCAUCAAACUUCUGCUCAUGCGGGGGUACGCGUUCAACCGAACGGCUGACUUCGAGACUGUCCGGGAGAUCAAGGAGAAGCUGUGCUAUGUCAGCUACGACCUGGACCUGGACACGAGACUAUCGGAAGAGACAACGGUUCUCGUGGAGACCUACACACUACCGGACGGCCGAGUGAUCAAGAUCGGCUCAGAGCGAUUCGAAGCACCCGAGUGCAUGUUCCAGCCGCACCUCGUAGACGUCGAGCAGCCGGGCGUAGCAGAGAUGCUCUUCCAGACUAUCCAGAACGCUGCCGUCGAUAUCCGUGGCGAACUCUACAAGCAUAUCGUACUGUCUGGCGGGUCCAGCAUGUACCCUGGUCUGCCGAGUCGGCUGGAGAAGGAGAUGAAGCAGCUCUACCUUACGCAAGUACUCGGCGGCGACCCGUCGCGACUCAACAAAUUCAAGAUUCGCAUCGAAGACCCGCCACGCCGGAAACAUAUGGUGUUCCUCGGCGGCGCGGUCCUCGCGGACAUCAUGAAAAGUCGGGAGGAGUUCUGGAUCACGCGCGAGGAGUGGUUCGAGCAGGGCGUUCGCUCGCUAGACAAGCUCGGCCGCGGGGAGAACUGAACGUGAAUGAAUGUACUUGUAUGUAUAUCCGAAACGAGAAUUGGCUAACUAGGACUGCGUUGGACCCGGACCAUGGUAUGAUCUACUACACGAGGACAAAGUAACACCAUGCUUCAGGUAACCGUACAUAGCAAAGUGGAUAAUACGCCCUUCAACAACAGGGGAUUGCCCGUCUCCUCGGUGAACCCAUGAUCAUAGACGGCUGAUUCACGGCUCGCGCGAGCAUAUUGUAUAGUCCUUACAUGUUUUGGGCAAUAGUGGCACAGCGGGUGCGCACGGUACUAUGAAACAUUCGUCUAAA